UCUUCCAUAUUCUUAUUGCUCUCUUCUAUAUCUUCUUUUCUCUAUUCAUUAUUUUAUUCUAAUAACCAAACUUUUAAAUAUGGCUUCCUGCAACAACAUUCACCAAGAAGGAAUUACGAAGAGUGAACCAACUCCUCUACAAAAACAUGUUAUGUUCUUCGAUAUCGAUAACAAUGGAAUUAUUUACCCUUGGGAAACUUAUCAAGGUUUUCGAAAAAUAGGAAGUAAUAUUUUUCUUUCCAUUUUUGCCUCUUUUUUCAUUAAUUUUGGCCUCAGCCGAAAAACUCGACCGGGAAAAGGGCCUUCUUUACUCUUUCCUAUUGAAGUGAAAAACAUCAAACUUGCCAAACAUACCAGUGAUAGUGGGGUCUACGAUAGUGAAGGAAGGUUUGUUCAAGAAAAAUUCGAAGAGAUAUUCAACAAACAUGCACGUUCAAAUGGAAACGCCUUAACAGCCCAAGAAUUGGAUGAUAUGCUUAAGGCAAACAAGCAACCAAAGGACUCUAAGGGACAUGUUGCUGCUCUGUCAGAGUGGAAGAUUCUAUAUUUUCUUUGCAAAGAUAAGGAUGGAUUACUGAAAAAAGAUAUAGUUAGAGGUGUUUAUGAUGGUAGCCUAUUUGAACAAAUGGCCAAGGAGCAACAAGCCAAGAAGAAAAAAUUUAUAUCAAGUUCAUAAAAAUGGAUGUAAUGCUAGCCACUAUGUAUAGUAAGUACAUUUGUUAUGUAUGGAGUGAUAUCUUGUGGCUUUUCUCUUAUUUGUAAUUUGUGAAGUAUUAUUUCUUUGUAAUGA